AGCUAUUCGAAGAUGUACACUCAAAUCUUUUUUGCUUUAGCGUUUGGUUCCUGUGCUUUGGGCUCCCCGAAAAAAUAUACACACGAAGAUGAAAUGAAUUUUCAACCCAGUUCUAACCGAUACUUUGAAUACAACCUGCAUUCUACCAACAAUCACACAGCAGAACGGAAAUCAGAUCAGAAAGAAUCAAAAUCAGCAACUGACAAACUCAGAUUCGGCCUUCCCAUCGUUUAUGGAAGUACAGGAGCUGGGACACAGACUUAUCCCCAAACUGGAGGAGUGAGUUAUAUGGUUUCUCCCAUGAAACUGGAUAUUGGAGGUGUUGCUUUGGGAGCUCUAAUUGGAUUAGGUGCUAUUUUGAUACUGCCAAAAUUGGCUCACGCCUUUGGUGGUUUACACAGUGGUUAUAGAAGCUUAGAUGAUGGAGUUUCUACAGUAUCUGAUAUGCUCUCAAAGUUGGACAAUACCCUAGAACAGCACAACAUUGACAGCAGUUCUUGCAUGCAGAGAAUAGUUUGUAACUACAUUCACGAAUCUCGAAAAAAUAUUCAAAAUGGCGAAGCUAAUGCAUUUGAUGAGAUGAUUAACGUGGUGACUAGCAAUUCCUUGGUAUCCCAGAUGUUGGACGGGAGUAGUAUCAAACAAGCUGUGGAUAUGGGCAAAUCGGAGGAAAUAGAUCAAUGUGCAUCACUUUAUAGAAAAUGUCCUGUAAAUAGGGAUAACAUAGUUAAAGUUAUAACUAGUAUAUUACCUGUGUGAAAUUAAUUAAUAUAGUGAGCCUUUUUCUUGAUUCACGCUUUAUACCUAAUUCGCUGGUUUUCAAAUUAUCCAGUUUAUUAGCAAUAAGAAGAUCUUGUUUCGCUCUUUAUAACAUAACUCACUUUUCUAUGAAUUGAAUUUGACAUUGCUGUCAAAACUAAAACAUCUGUUUGUCAUAAUUAUAAAUGUCAAAUCACAUAUAUGUGGCAACUAGUAUUUAUAUGUAAUAUUUAUUUAAAUAAAAAAUAUUUCUAG